AUGGCAGUGAAUCGCGACAAGGAGGUCUACUUCGCGAAGCUUGCGGAGCAGGCGGAGCGCUACGACGAGAUGGCGACUCACAUGGAGGCAGUGGGGAAGUCGGGGGACGAGCUGUCAGUUGAAGAGCGCAAUCUCUUGUCCGUGGCCUACAAGAACGCCGUGGGUUCGCGCCGCGCUGCAUGGCGUAUCAUCACCAGCGUGGAGCAGAAGGAGACCAGCAAGGGCAACGAGGAGAACGCAAAGUUCGCGAAGGAGUAUUGCAAGAAGGUCGAGGGUGAGCUUGAUGACAUUUGCAAGAAGAUCCUUGCCGUGUUGGACAACAGUCUCAUCGGAAAGGCAACCACAGGCGAGUCGAAGGUCUUCUACCAGAAGAUGAAGGCCGACUACUACCGCUACAUUGCCGAGUACACUACUGGCGCUGACAAAGAAAAGGCUUCGAACGACGCCAAGUUAGCCUACGAGGAGGCGCAAGCGAUUGCCACCAAGGACUUGGCAGUGACGCACCCGAUCCGCCUCGGUCUUGCUCUGAACUUCUCGGUGUUUCAGUACGAGGUGUUGGCGAACCCGGACGAGGCAUGCAAGAUGGCGCGCACCGCCUUCGAGGACGCGAUCGCUGAGCUCGACAACGUCGCGGAGGACUCCUACAAGGACUCCACCCUCAUCAUGCAGCUGCUCCGCGAUAAUCUGACGCUCUGGACCUCGGACCAGGAGGGCGAGCCCUGA